AUGUCUGAUGCGUCGGACACGAACUUCACGCGGCGCCUGCAGCACAUGCAGGCGCAGCAGCAGCAGGAGGAGGCGGCCGCGCUGCCCAUGCUGCCCCCGCCCAGUGCGCCGCAAGUCGUGCAGUGCCAGCGCUGCUCCCAGCUACUUGAAGUGCCGCUUCAGCUCCCCCCGGCCAAGAAGGGCGUGCAGAAGCUGCGCUGCGGCAAGUGCCUGCGAGUCUCUCGCUUCCAAGUCAACCCUGCCGACCCGCGUUUCGCCAACCAGCUGCCGCCAAAGCAGAGGGCGGGCCCCAUUCACCCUGGCAACUACUGGUAUGAUGACGUGGCAGGCUUCUGGGGUGAGAUGGGUGGGCCGUGCCUCGGCAUCAUCCCGCCUGGCAUUGACUUCGGGGUAGUGAUGCCCCAAUCCUGCGCAGGAGGCUCCACCCGCGUGUACGUGAACGGCAGGGAGCUGCACCACAGGGACCUCGAGCGGCUGAUGAAGCGCGGGUUACCGGGCACACCCGACUGCGGUUACCGCAUUGAGAUCACGGGCAAUGUGUUUGACGAGGAGACCGGGGAGUACCUGCUCUGCCUCGGCAAGCUCGCCCCCUCGCUGGAGAGCAGGAAGAGGGGUGGUGGCAUGAAGAUGCCAGAGAGAAGCUGA